UUCACCACAGGCUAAACUUAGCCAAAGCAUGGCAACCAUCCAAGCAGGUGCCGUAUAGAUCGCCACGGGCCAAUUAUCUUACAAAAGCCUGCCCUACCCCCAAACAAACCAUGCUUGAAAUUCCGGUCACGUAGGAGGCCACGCGCGAGGAUCACAUAAAUACACUCGCGUCCACUCGAUUCCCUUGCCUUUGCAUAGAUCGACAGGAGGUAGUUGGGGCAAUUGGCAUGCACAGUUGAAGGGCGCCCACUCCAUGACCAUGACGAUGAUAAGCUCCCCCUCCUCCUACCUCUAGAUAGAAAGCUUCUGCCCCCCGUCCAAACGACGAGCCUGGUCACCUGAUGAUUGGCCGGCCAUGGACGAGCUCCUCCUCAUCUUCCUGCUCAAAAUGGAGGCCUUCCACAUACGCCGGUGAUAGAUUCUCUCCCAGCUCCUGAAUCUUGUAGCCUAGCGCGUCAGGUACCGGACUAGCUAGAGGACAGGUUUGGUUGGUAGAUUGCUGUUCGCACAUAGGUAGUACGUGUCUAGGCAGGAAGCUGGUGCUGUGUUGUUGUCACUUGCCGCGUGUGUGGUCUGGGUGCGGUGGAUGGGCCUCAUGGCCGGGAUGCUGCCCGGCGUCGAGUUCGCGAGGAGGCGACGGCUCCGGGCGGUCGGAUCGUCGGCGGAGGCGCCGUGCGCCGGGACGUCGCGGCGGACUUCGCUAGGCAUGUACGCGGCCGGCAACGGGCAUGGCCACGCUGCAGCAGGGUUCCCCAAGAGGAGCGGCGUGUGCGAGGAGAUGUUGGCGAUGCAGCUGGAUAGCAACGCAAGGGAGGCCAAGGAGCGGCUGGAUCAGAAGCUCAGGAGCCAGAGGGAAUCUGUGGUCAAGAGGCGUCACAGCACGGGAAGCCUCCGGCUCCCGGUCCCGUCGAGCAGUCCCAGAGACAGAGACGCUGGCAACCAGCAGCACCCGGCGAAGGACGCGACGACCGUGCUGCAGCGGGAGGUGUUCACGAAGAAAGGAGGCAGCCGGAGGUUCAGCUGGGGGCGGAGGAAGGAGCCGCAGCAGCAACAGGAGCAGGCGGAGUGCGCGGUGUGCCUGGAGGAGUUCCGGGCGGGCGACGUGCUGGCGCACCUCCCCUGCUCGCACCGCUUCCACUGGGCCUGCGCCGUGCCUUGGGUCCAGGCCGCCUCCCGCUGCCCCUUCUGCCGCGCCGCCGUCCUCCUCGCCGCCGACUGAGCGCACCGAGUCCGCCGGCCGCCCGCCGCCCGCCUCGUCGGUCGUGUCACGGUAUUCGUGUGGCGCGUUACGUGUAGGUACAUAUACAGGAUUACAGGCUACAGACAGACAUGCGUGGAGGCCAUGGCACCGCACGGGAUGCCUCGUGUCGAGCUCGCCCGCCCGGCCGGCUUCAGGCUUGCAGUGCGUGGGGUAGCGCGCGGCGCACUGUUGCUGCUGGUGGCCAGUCGCCGGUGUCAUUCGCUCACGAAUCGAGACGUGUCUCGGCAAAAGCCGGGAGCUGCUCUGGCUGUUUGCCCACCCAGUGAACACUGCAUGUUUGCAUGUAGGGUGUGAAAAAAUUUGACAACAUGUCAAACCGGCUAGAGUGAAGUUGGUUCAUUCUCUCCUUCACAAAAUCAUUUUCAAUUUUCAGUUUAGCCACACAAAAAAAAAGAACUUCAGAGUAGCUAAAUUCGGCUAAACCCUAAGACGUUUUCUUCGCAGUUAUUUUAUCUUUUUGUACUACCUGCAUGCGUGCUCUUAUUACUUUUCCUGAAAAAAGAGGAGAAAAGAUCAGAAGUAGCUACAGGUGGCUCACGCUAAGUUUUAGCACACUUUCAGAAAUUAGGCCCCGAGCGACUUCAGUCGGCUCGUGUUUUAGAAAAUAAAAAACAGGCUUUUCUUUUGUUU